AUGUCUCUAUCCGGAAAAGUAGCAAUCAUCACCGGCUCCUCCCAAGGGAUCGGCAAAGCAACCGCCCUCCGACUAGCCAGCGAAGGCGCCAACGUUAUAAUCAACUACCGAUCUAGCGCAAAGGCAGCGAAUGAUCUCGUGGAAAAAAUCGGCUCUGAUCGCGCUCUAGCCGUGCAAGCCGAUGUAUCCAAACUCCCAGAUCUGGACCACUUAGUCCAAGAGACGGUUACUCGCUUUGGCAAGAUUGAUAUCCUCAUCUUGAAUGCUGGAAUUCUUCCUAUGAGAGAUUUGGAAAAUACUACCGAAGAAGACUUUGAUUCUACGUAUAACCUCAUGGUUAAGGGACCAUAUUUCCUUGCUCAGAAAACUGCAAAGCAUAUGUCACCAGGAGCACGCAUUAUCUUCGUCUCUAGUAGCGUAACCUCUGUUUCUGCCAUCGCACCUACAUACCUCCUCUACGCCUCUGCGAAGGGUGCUAUCGAGCAACUUGCGCGUGUUGCGGCGAAAGACCUGGGGAGGAGGGGUAUCUUGGUUAAUACUGUUGCGCCCGGGCCGACUACCACUGAGUUAUUUCUCGAGGGCAAGUCGGAACAGUUGAUUAAGACACUGGCGGGGACGAAUCCGUUUAAUCGGAUUGGAGAGCCCGAGGAAAUUGCAGCGGUGAUGGCUUUCUUAUCUGGGAAGGAAAGUAGUUGGAUGUCUGGUCAGAUAUUGAAGGUUAAUGGUGCGAUGGCAUAG